AUAGUUUUAUCGGCGUACCUCACAGCUGUACUCGUCUGCAUCAUAAAGGAUGCACCUCUUAUUUCUAAUCCGAACAGAGCUGGAUUUCUCGCUCUUGCACAAUUCCCUGUUAUCAUUUUGUUCGCAACAAAAAAUUCAAUUCUGUCCUUAAUUUUAGGACCAGGGAAUGGGUAUGAGAAACUCAACUUUAUGCAUAGGAUGGCGGGAAGAGCUAUGUUUCUUGCCGCAUGCAUUCAUGGGUUUCUGUGGAUCCGCAACCGCCUACAGUAUGGACUUGCAAUUCUUGGUCCGCAGAAAGAGACUUCGGGAGUGGCUUCGCUGGCUCUACUCUGCAUCAUUGUCCUUACGUCGCUGAGGCCAGUCAGGAGACUAUUUUAUGAGUGCUUCUUCAUCAUACACAUAUUGACAUACGUGGCAUUCGUUGUCGCUAUGUGCUACCAUACGCCGUAUGCAUCACCGUGGAUAUUCCCUCCCCUUGCAUUUUAUGGUGCAGAUAUUUUAUUGCGCCUAUUUCGCUAUCGAAUCAAAGCCGCCACACUUACUACGCAGGACACUCGCAUGACUAUGAUCCGCGUUCAUAAUUGCGACGAUGGUUGGCUUGCUGGCCAGCAUGUCAGACUGCGUGUUCUCUUCUCCAACAGAUCAUACUGGAUGGUCCCUUAUGGAGGGUCAAGCGUUGAUCUGGGUCUGUACGAAAGCGCGUUUCUUAUAGCCGGCGGGUCUGGCGUCACAUUCACUCUCGGUCUGUUGGACGACAUCGUCGGCAGGUGUGUCAGACUAGGCCGCAGUCAGGGAGAACGAACGAGGAGAAUUGAGUUCACUUGGUGCAUUAGAUCUUUUGGUCAGAUAGAAUGGUUUGCUCCGAUGCUGAUAGAUAUUGCUACGGCAGCGUCGAAUAGCACCAUCGACCUGCACAUUUCUAUUUUCAUAACGUGCUCUCAGGCUUGCGAUCCAGAAGCGGUACAUCAUAUCCCCAACUCCAUCGUCGCACUUUCGCGUCCAGCUGUCCAUAAUCUUCUCAGGGACUUCAUCAGCUUUCCGUCAUCAUGUGAAAAGGAAGAUUCGACCGAUAUGCAAUGUGAUGAAAGCCACAAAUUAAUGGGCUUGGGUGGGGGAGUCGCGGUCUGUGCUAGCGGCCCAGAGAGCUUAACGAGAGAUGUGCGGAAUGCAGUCGCGAGAUUGGGUUUGACAAUGGGUAUGGAUGUGGGCGGGAUUGCUCUACAUACAGAGCAGUUUACUUUGUAACGUGUCAAAAUUCAACUCAAAUCCUGCCAAACAC